GUCUACCAAUGUCUGCUGUCGUACUACUCGCAAAAAUUCGGUGACCAGGAUGAAAAUGCAGAGGAGGAUGGUGCCAAGCGGGAGCAUGGCGGCUCCACCAUCGCGAAAGUUCGUUCCAUCAGUUCUCUCACCGAAUCCAAACCAGCCCUCCACAGAUCUGGAUCAGCGCUUACACUCAGCUCUGCAGAAUCCAUCGAAGACUCGCCUUCAGCUGGCAACGCUUCAGCCGGUACUGAAAUGCAACGCCUGCGGGACGAAUUCGGCGUUAAUUUGCACAAAUUCCAGUCUGUCCUCAUGGAAACUAGUUCAGCCUUGAAGGGCGUUUUCAAUCUGCCAAUGCCCGACUUUGAACUGCCCACAAUGCAACAAGUGUUAGAUGGCCUUGACCGUGACUUGUACGAGAAGUUUGCUCUACUCAUCAAUAGCUGGGAUCAAGUUAUAUCGGAUGUUUUGACGAAAUUGGAUGAACCCCGACCAGUCACAGUGGGUCCACUGGAGGAGAUUGAUUAUUGGCGAUAUCGUGGCAAGAUCCUCACAUCAGUGAACGAAUCGCUGCGAACCAAAGAAGCCACACACAUCAUUGAGCUCUGGAACGCUGCCAAUCCUGACAUGCCUAAGAGCGACAGAGUGGCCAAGAUCAGGGCACUGAUGGCUGAGGCAAAGGACAACGCCAGGUUCCUCCUGCUUGUGGAGAGACAUUUCAAGAACGUUCAAUUCGGUCACAGUUUUAAUGUUGUGGCUGACACCAUUCCAGCGAUGCUGCAAUCCCUGCGACUCAUCUGGACCAUUUCCAGGGGGUAUAACAAGGACGAGCGCAUGGGACCCCUGCUGCAAAAGAUCGCCUGGGCGCUGUAUGACAGAGUCAUUCGAGUAAUGGAUAUUGCCACACUCUUUAGGUAA